AUGAUCACCGUAACAGUAGCACCACAACAGGAACACUACAACAGGAGCGCCGUAACAGUAGCACCACGACAGGAACACCGUAACAGUAGCACCACAACAGGAACACCACAACAGGAACACCAUAAUAGGAACACAACAGGAACACUAAAACAGGAUCAAAGUAACAGUAUCCCAACCCAGGAACUCUGCAAUAAGAACACCACAACAGUAGCACCACAACAGGAACACCACAACAGUAGCACCACAACAGGAACACUACAACAGGAACACCACAACAGUAGCACCACAACAGUAGCACCACAACAGGAACACCACAACAGUAGCACCACAACAGGAACACUACAACAGGAACACCACAACAGUAGCACCACAACAGGAACACCACAACAGGAACACUACAACAGGAACACCACAACAGGAACACUACAACAGGAGCGCCGUAACAGGAGGAAGAGAGCGCGUCUUCAGUAG